UAUUAAUAAUUCGGAGAAAUAUUGUUAGCUGUCACGGAAAAAAAAGGGUAAGUCGCCAAGCGGGACUGCUCUCUCGGUUUCUACUGUUUCUCUCCUCUGCAGACCGGAGCGGACCGGAGCGGAGACGCCAUCGUCGCCGAUUCAACCGCCGGCAAGUUCUUGGACCAGAUCUCCAAGGUAAAAAUGUCAGGGAAUGCCCUCAGAGAUCUCAAUGUACUUGCUGUUCCAGGAUUGGAGAGAAAAAGUGAUGGGUCUAGUAAAGGAAGUUUUAUCAAGCCUUACAUUGAGAAUAGCAAUGAAGAAGUUGAUAGAUGCCAGAAAGAUUCAGAAGUUAAUAUAGGGAACAAUGGAGUAGAGGCAGGAAAUUCAGAAGUUGAGUACAUAGAAUCUGAGAACUUGACAGAUCUUCCAGAUGUAGAUUCAAGUCUCAAUACACUUCUAGCAAGAUUAGACUCAAAAGACUGGGUUUCAAUAUGUGAAGCACUCAACAAUGUGCGCCAAUUAUCAAUAUAUCAUAAGGAAGAACUGCUUGAGAUGUUGGGAGUUGUGAUUCCAUUGAUUGUAAGAUCCUUGAAAAAUCCAAGGAGUGCUGUCUGCAAAACUGCAAUUAUGACAUGUGCUGACAUCUUUAAGGUCUAUAGUGAUUCAGUAGUUGAUUCAUUUGAUCCUCUGCUUGUCCAGCUGCUUCUCAAAGCUUCACAAGACAAACGCUUUGUAUGUGAAGCUGCUGAGACAGCUCUGGUAGCAAUGACAACUUGGGUCUCUCCGUCUUUAUUAUUGCCAAAAUUGCAGCCAUAUCUUAAGAGCAAGAAUCCUCGAGUACGAGCAAAGGCAUCUAUGUGUUUUAGCAGAAGUGUAUCUCAACUUGGUCUAGAAGGAAUUAAAGCAUAUGGGAUUGAUAAUCUAAUCCAGAUUGCGGCAUCUCAGCUUAGCGAUCAGCUUCCUGAAUCAAGAGAGGCUGCUAGGAUGCUGGCACUGGAAUUGCGAGCCAUCUAUGACAAGUCUCAUGCCUCGCCAGGUGAAGACUGUACACACUUGGUGGACAGUGAUUCUUGGGAGGCAUUCUGCCAAACAAAGCUUUCUCCUUUAAGUGCUAACGCAAUUCUUCGUGUCACUUCUACUCCAAAAGAGGGUUUAGUUUUCGGUUGCUAGCUCAUUAGGUAUAAGUACCAUUUUAUGCUGGCUUUGACAAUCUCACGAUUACUUCUGCACUGGUAUUCUGUACAUGCUGUGACCAUGGGAAGAUUGUAGUUCAGUUGGGGCAUUUGUUGAGGUGGUCAAUUGUGCUGAUUUUAUGUUUUACAAGUUCUUGUAUUAAGUAUAUCAUCAAAGUUGAUGGCAGUCUGCCCUUUUGUUGCCUUUAAGGCUUGUUCUCGAUACACCUUAGCCUGCUGCUGGAGAAUGUACUUUACUGUAUGAUUCUUGAGAAGAAAAUGGGUAAUUUUGCACUCUAUGUUGAUUA